GGUACGUAUGUACGAUUUUAGCAAAUUUUUUAGAGAAAAAAAACCCCGAUAUUACUUAAUUUUGCUAAUAUGGGGCAUCCCUAGUUUUAGUCUUUAACAUCAUUUGUUGAUGUCCGCGUUGGUGCGGCCGGAAGCACUUUCGUCAGCACACUUUGUUCAUACGUGCAGCACCAUCGUGACUAGUUUGACUUUUUUUCGCAAUUGCUGUUACACCUGGUAUAGAAAAUCUUGACAUCAAUAAAAUAUUGCUACAUCAUUAUGUCACUCAUGUUUUCUUUUUAUUCUCAUUUUUUUAACGUCAUUCAUUCACUUUUUACCUUUUAAUAUUUUAUUUUACAGGGUCGCAGGAAGCUGGAGCUGAUCGCCAAGUUCACCAGAUGAGGGCGUUGUUGCACCCUGGACAGUCUAACAGACCAUAUCAGUAGAAAAUGAUGACAUCACAGACAUGUGACCGUGUCAUAUUUAACUGCAGAUCAAAGGCAGAUGGCGCCACUUCAAAGGGUCGGUUACUUCCACCUUGGCAGAGGUCCAGAAGUCAAGUAAGUGGUUUUCACCUCCUGCAGAACGCUGCAGAUGUUUCUAUAGUUGAGAGUGAGAGUCAUGAGGAAGAGGAAGACACAGGAGGAGGAAGAGGAGGAGGAGGAAGAGGAGGAGAAGUCCACGGAAGGCGCAGAUGAGGACGACGAAGCAAAGGACGGCGUGGAAGACAGCGCAGAAGAGUCGGUGGAGGACGGAGCCGUCCAAGAGUCCACGGAAGAGGGACCUGUGGAUGAACCGCUAGACUCCGAAACACUCGCCAAGAACCGCAGGGUCCGCGAGAAGGACAUCCACAUGUUUACGGUUUUAACCGUCCACCGCGUUUUGAGUAAGACGGGGACGCUGUCCUGCCUGAACGAGGUGGUGACGGCGGCCCACAUCAAACGUCUGGUGGAGCUGACGCUGGACAAGUUCACCCUGCCAGAGGAGCUCACGCCCCAGAUGGACAAGCACAGGCUGGCGGCCAGGGGCGUGACCAGAGAACUGAAAAAGACUUUUGUGGGGAAGGUGCGCUGCAUGCUGCUGCUCCCUGACCCCAGCGUGGAGCACGUGAUCGCCGCCUCUAUCCAGAAGCACACCACGAAGGUGCUGAUGGAACGACAAAAAACGUUUUGUAUGCGCCUCUGUGGCUGCUUCGUCUCCUGAGUUCUGUCGAACUGUGGGGAGAAGAAGAGGAGGGAAAUGUCGUCCGGGACUCGGG